GGCGAGGCCCCGCGAGCCCCCGGGAACGGCGAGGCCUGUGCUCCGGGAUACUGGACCGAGUGGGGCUGGGGCGCAGCCAUCAUACUCCUAGAUCCACAAAAAACUGGACUCAUUCAAAGAGAAAAUUGGAACCAAAGAGAAAGCGGGAGAGAACCAUCUUAUCCUUGAUGCCAUGUGGCCGGUGCUCUGGACCGUGGUGCGUACCUAUGCUCCCUAUGUCACAUUUCCGGUGGCCUUCGUGGUCGGGGCUGUGGGCUACCACCUGGAGUGGUUCAUCCGGGGGAAGGGCCCCCAGCCCGUGGAGGAGGAGAAGAGCAUCUCCGAGCGCCGGGAGGACCGCAAGCUGGACGAACUGCUAGGGAAGGACCACACCCAGGUGGUGAGCCUUAAGGACAAGCUGGAAUUUGCCCCCAAAGCUGCCCUGAACAGAAACCGCCCAGAGAAGAACUGAUGGAGGAAACCGGGCACUCUGGGCCCUUCCAUGGGCCAAGCACGGCUGCACCGACUCUGCCGUGCCCCGGCCGGCGGGGCUCCAGCUCCCACCUCCGAUUGCGUUACGGUUGCUCCUCCAGCGCUUGCACCCACACCACAUACCUGCAUGUCUCCUUGGCCCGAAGCUGAGGGGCCAGGGAAGGGGAGCUCCGGGGGCUUGGGCCUGAAGGCUGAGACAGCUGUGUGGCAGCCUCAGGUGCUCAGGGUUCUCACCUUCUGGGAACUCUGCUUGGAGGGGGGAGCCACUGCCACCCCAUCGGUGACUUGUGAAAGGGCCUCAGAUGGCGAUGGCCAGAAUACCGCUCUUCCGUUUUCUAUUUGCAGAGGGGAAGCCGAGAAGACCUGCUUGGCUCCCCUUUGUGCGCCUUCUUCCCAAGGAAUGAGGCUCCUGGGGCAAGGAAAGAGGCUUUCAGCUUGCCUGUUGGCUUGUCUUGAAGAUAGUCACUGUCUUCCACUGCCCACCACUGUCUAGUGCAAAACACGAUUAAAGGGGCAUCUGAAAAUCA